CACUACCCCUGUUCACUUUUUAAAUUCAUAUUGGCAACUGUUGUCACAAACUGGCCGGACGUCGGACGAAUAAGUUUCGCUAGCAGGUUUCUACCCUAAAAUUAACAGUUAAAGGGGUUUGGCAUACUUUAGAAGUCGAUGUUUUAAGUGUUUGGCUCACGUUGUCUUCGAAACGCGGUGAGUUUCGAGCUUAUUUCAGCUUUGCUUUUUAACGUGGAGUCGGCCUUUCCCCGGCUACUUCGCCGACCUCGAAGCAGCUUUUCCGGGCGAGAAUGAGUGCGCCGACCGCCAAGCCGCAGCAGCAGCCGCCACCGGCGGUGGCGAACGGCGGCAAACCGUCGUCGGCCUUGGGCUCCACGCCGCUCAAGGAGAUCCCCGAGUUGCUGGUGGACACGCGGGCGAAGCGACGCUACACCCGCGGCCGCUUCCUCGGCAAGGGCGGCUUCGCCAAGUGCUACGAGAUCACCGACAUGGAGAGCGGCCAAGUGUUCGCCGGUAAAAUCGUGCCCAAGUCGCUCAUCGUCAAACCGCACCAGCGCGAGAAGAUGACCUCGGAGAUCGCCAUCCACAAGAGCCUGGACCACCCCAACAUCGUCGGCUUCCGAGGCUUCUUCGAGGACGACGACUUCGUCUUCGUGGUGCUGGAGAUCUGCAAAAGGAGAUCGCUGCUGGAGCUGCACAAGCGUCGCAAGGCUGUGACGGAGCCCGAGGCGCGCUACUACAUGAUGCAGCUGCUCAAGGGCGUCCAGUACCUGCACAACAACCGCAUCAUCCACAGAGACCUCAAACUGGGCAACAUCUUCCUCAACGACGACAUGGACGUCAAGAUAGGGGACUUCGGCCUGGCCACCAAGAUCGAGUUUGACGGCGAGCGCAAGAAGACCCUGUGCGGCACGCCAAACUACAUUGCGCCGGAGGUUCUGUGCAAAAAAGGACACAGCUAUGAGGUGGACGUGUGGUCACUUGGAUGCAUACUGUACACUCUGCUGGUGGGCAAGCCGCCGUUUGAAACGGCGUGCCUGAAGGAAACGUACAACCGCAUCAAGAAGAACAACUACACCAUCCCUUGGCACGUGAACUCGGCGGCGGUGUCCCUGAUCAAGCGCAUGCUGCACGCCGACCCCGGCCAGCGUCCGACCAUCGCCCAGAUGCUGACGGACGACUUCUUCACGUCGGGCUACAUGCCGGCGCGCCUGCCCACCACCUGCCUCACCGUGCCGCCGCGUUUCUCCAUCGCACCGUCCGACGCCAGCCAGCGGCGGCCGCUCGCCGCCCUGGGCAACAAGGGAGGGUCCGAGGACGCCGACGUGAAGGAAGAGCACAUGCCCAGGGACCUGGAACCGGCCGAAAACAACUUGAAAGACUUGCUGCAGCAGCUCAACAGCAUCAUAGCCGCCAAACCGGCGGAGAGGACGCUCGUCCGCCAAGAGGAGGCCGAGGACCCCGCGUGCAUUCCCAUCUUCUGGAUCAGCAAGUGGGUGGACUACUCGGACAAGUACGGCUUAGGCUACCAGCUGUGCGACAACAGCGUGGGCGUGUUGUUCAACGACUACACGCGUCUCAUCAUGUACGCCGACAACAACAGCCUGCAGUACAUCAACAAGACGGCCCAGGAGUCCUACAUGAGCGUCGCCGCCUACCCGCCCGCGCUCAACAAAAAGAUCACCCUGCUGAAGUACUUCCGCAACUACAUGAGCGAGCACUUGCUGAAGGCGGGCGCCAACAUGGCGCCGCGGGAGGGUGACGAGCUGGCGCGGCUGCCCUACCUGUCGCUGUGGUUCCGCACCAAGAGCGCCAUCGUGCUGCACCUCAGCAACGGCACCGUGCAGAUCAACUUCUUCCAGGACCACAGCAAGUUGAUCCUGUGCCCGCUGAUGUCGGCGGUGACGUACAUUGACGAGCGGCGGGACUUCCGCACGUACAAGCUGUCGCUGCUGGAGGAGUUUGGUUGCUCCAAGGAGCUCUUCAGCCGCCUGCGUUACGCCAAACUCAUGGCGGAGCGGCUGAUGGACACCGUCAAGGGCGCACACUAACUUUUUACCACCUCAUCCAUCCUGUCCUUUCCAGCUGAAACUUUCUCUUGCCGUCUUUUUCAUUCUGAUUCCCAUGGAUUUUUUUUUUGUGUGUCUUAAAAACUUGGGCACUUUACGCUUUUUUUAUGAAAAGUGAUUUUCACGUGUCAAGUUUAA